AUGUGCGUGAACGCGAGUGUCCGCCAUGAGUGCAAGUGGAACUUCAUGCACAUCUACGCGCUUGCCCACUGUUUGCAUGAGUGGUACUUCGUGUGCGCGCUUGCCCAUUUCUUCCACAGCCUUGUUUCAAACAGGCUGCAGCCCGUCGCCUUCGGCCUGUACUUCCCCCGGAAGACAUAUCAUGAAAACGUUUACCUGGAGCAACCGGAAGGGACCCCUUUACUGCAACUCCAUGCCUUAAAAGACUCGGAGGAGGAAGAAGCUUUCUUUUGCCUUUUGCCAGAUGCCGUUCGGACCGGCUCCAAAAAUCUCUGGUUUCAGAUCGGCGAGACAACGGGACUCCUUUACCUCAACAAGAGCCUGGAUAGAGAAGAUUUUAUUCUCCUUUCUUCGGGAAGCCAAGUGGCAAAAAUCGUGCUGCGUGUUUACCUCUCUUCCAAACCUUUUCAAACCAAAAACUGUCCCGGCUCAUCGGCCAUGACUUUGGUCAAACUCUCGGUCAUCAACUCCACCAUGCCAGUCUGCGGUUCUCCAACAUCAAGCCGGCUUUGCUUUCCUGACAUGGAUCUCUCUUUUCACAUCAUGGAGAACAAACCUCCGGGGAUAUUUCAUCAGCUCCAGUCGUUUGCCCUGCAACACCAGUGUCACAACGUCAGCAUUUCCUACAAGCUUGUCACAGAUGAGAACCUGCCGUUUUAUUAUAACGAGGAGAGCACCACCAUAGGAGUGUCAAAGCCCCUCGACCGAGAAGAGCGAGAAAAGUACGAGAUGUUGGCCCAGUGCACCUUGAAGGAAGGCUCCCAGGAGAUGUUCAAAGAGGUGCCUCUGCUCAUACAUAUUCUGGAUGAAGACGACAUGCCCCCCUUUCUAUCCAAUGGGACCAGCACAACAGACGCCAUAGUGGAAUUCAAAAGGGAAGAGGGUACCGUCUUGGCAUCAUUAACCGUCCUGGAUUCAGACACAACCCCUAUCUACCCUGUGGAUACCAGCAGGAAGAAAUACACAGGCAGCAUCAAUUCCUCAGAUCCGUGGACACAGGAAACGUUUCGAGUGGAGCAUCUGUUCCAUGAGAUUUAUUUCCGUCCCAACGGCAGCCAAGUGCGGGGGACACAACACGAAUACAGGCUGAUACUAAACAGGACCGUUUCCAUUACGGAAAGUCGUUCUGUCCUGCUGGAUGUCAUUGUGAACGACACAACAUACCCGGGGUCCGACAAAUCCUUGACGCUGCACUUCAACGUCUCCAUCCUUCCCGUCCUGAUCCAGUUCUCCAACGCGACGUACCAGCUCACGGUGAACAGAAACGCCGCCAACUUUUCACAAAUAGGAAAAAUCUGCAUUGACAACUGCAUGAAGUUUUACGGCGUCAGCAUCACCUACAGCCUAGAGAGUCCGAACGUCAGCUGCUACGCGGUGGAGGUUGCUCCGAGCCACGAUGACAAGUACGGAAUUCUCUACGUGAACCACUCCGCUGUGUUGCAGAACCCCGAGUGUCGAGAAAUACACUACCCUGUGGUAGCUAAAGAGGAGUGGAGCAGGAAGGAAGCUUACGCUCAUCUUACUGUCCUGCUUGAAGGAUCACUUAUACAUAAUGAUGAGAACUGUCCAGACUCCUGUGCUAUGAGCAAAAGGCGAUCGGAGUGCGAAGAAUGUGGAGGUGUCGGAGUACUGAUGGGAAAAUGCCAAUGGAGGCAGGGAAGCGGGAAAGGAAUAACCACCAACUACUCUACUUGUAGUCCAAGCAUCAAGACAUGUCCGGAUGGGAUUUGCGAUGCUGUCGAAAGCAGAGAUAAGAGAAUCUGCCCUCAAGAUUGCACAAGAACCAACAUUAUUGGUGGCCAUCAAAAAGGAAAUCUCGGAAGUGGAAUCAAGGCAGGACACGGCGUCUGUCACUGCUUUCCAGGAGUAAACUGUUACUGUGCGAAAGACGAUAUCCGGGAAGCUUUGUGCGACGACAUGUGCAAAAUGGUGAUUGCUGGAGGAGUCCUGCUCUCUUUCAUUAUCUCAGUGGUCCUCUCUUCCUACUUCAUUCAUCGCUACCACAAGAACGCGCCCAAAACGCCCAUCGCCUCGGCAGAGAUGACCUUCCGGCGCCCAGCUCAGGCCUAUCCCGUCAACUAUUCGUCAAGUAAUGUCCGUCGACCGUCGAUGGACUCAGAGAAUCAAAUGUCAGUAGAUGCAUUUAAAAUCCCUGAAGAUCCUAAGUGGGAAUUUCCUCGGAAGAACCUGGUGCUCGGCAAGACUCUGGGCGAGGGAGAGUUUGGCAAAGUUGUCAAAGCGACCGCCUUCCGACUUAAGGGCAAAGCUGGCUACACCACGGUGGCGGUCAAAAUGCUGAAAGAGAAUGCGUCCGUAAGCGAGCUCCGGGAUCUGCAUUCGGAGUUCAACCUUUUAAAACAGGUGAACCAUCCUCACGUCAUCAGGCUGUACGGUGCUUGCAGCCAGGACGGGCCUUUAUACUUAAUAGUGGAGUACGCUAAAUACGGCUCCUUGCGGAGUUUCCUAAGGGAAAGCCGGAAAGUGGGACCCAGCUACGUGGGAAACGAUACAAACAGGAAUUCUAGCUACUUGGACAACCCAGACGAGCGGGCCCUGACUAUGGGUGACUUGAUCUCCUUUGCGUGGCAGAUCUCCCGUGGCAUGCAAUACCUUGCCGAAAUGAAGCUGGUUCACCGUGAUUUAGCAGCCAGGAACGUCUUAGUAGCAGAAGGGCGUAAAAUGAAGAUUUCUGACUUUGGUUUGUCUCGAGACGUUUACGAAGAGGACUCUUACGUCAAGAGGAGCAAGGGUCGAAUACCUGUAAAAUGGAUGGCAAUAGAGUCUCUCUUUGAUCACAUCUACACAACCCAGAGUGAUGUGUGGUCGUUUGGAGUGCUGUUAUGGGAAAUUGUGACCCUCGGAGGGAACCCAUAUCCAGGAAUUGCUCCAGAGAGGCUCUUUAACCUCUUAAAAACAGGCUAUAGAAUGGAAAAGCCGGAAAACUGCAGUGAGGAGAUGUACAAUUUGAUGCUUCGCUGCUGGAAACAGGAACCAGAUAAGAGGCCAACAUUUUCUGAGAUCAGUAAAGAAUUAGAAAAACUGAUGGUGAAAAGCCGGGACUAUUUAGAUCUAGCCGCUUCCACUCCUUCGGACUCUCUGCUUUACGAUGAUGGACUCUCGGAAGAAGAGACGCCCCUCGUGGAUUGUAAUAACGUUCCUCUGCCUCGAACUCUUCCUUCCACAUGGAUUGAAAACAAACUCUAUGGCAUGUCAUAUCCGAACUGGCCCGAAGAGAGCCCUGUUCCACUUGCCAGAAGCGACGGGCCUAAGGCUGUGUUUUCAAGAUAUGCAAAUGAUAGUGUUUAUGCUAACUGGAUGGUUUCACCCUCAGCGACCAAAUUUAUGGACAGAGUUUGAUAGUUUAACAAGUUGCUUCCCGGAAGGUAACCGAUGCAGGAAGGACACCCCCCA